GAAAAGUUAUAAACAAAGAGUCAAACGCGAAAGAAAAAAGCAAAAAACAAAACAAAAAAACGAAUGCUUUCAUUGAUUUUCUUCAGCAUAGUAAAUAACCCGCGAAAGAAUGCGAGUAGCAGGUGGUAUUUAAAGAACGUAGAAAGUUCAACAAUUUUAACCCAACCGACUAAUAGUAAUAGUGAGGUUAAUUUUGUAUAUGAUGAAAAAGAAAAAAAAGAAGUCAUACUAAAUCAAGGAGAUGGCUUACUAGAUGCUGGAAAAUUGACAAAAUGUAAAAAUGCUGUUUGUUUUAUUUACUGCAACUCAGAAGACAGUAUAAGAAGAGGUACUGGUUUUUUUGCACAUAUUUUAAUAAACAAUAUUAAAAAAAAAGCAAUAGUUACAAAUAAUCAUGUUAUUAAUUGCAAAGAAGAUGCUGCUUGUGCUGUUGCCCGUUUUCAUUUUGAAGGAGAUCUUCCGGGAGCUGAUGUUAAGCUACAUCCAGAAAAACUUUUUUUUACAGAUGCGGUUCUAGAUUAUACGAUAAUUGGUUGUGAUCAUGACACUAUUGAAAAUUGCUUUUGUGUUGAUCCAAUCGAUUUUGUUGCUGAAGAAACUGUUAAAAUUGGUGAUGAUAUAUUUAUAUUCCAACACCCUAAAGGUGAAGCUAAGAAAUUUAGUUAUGAAAAAAUAAUCAAUGUUGACCCACCAUUUAUCUACUACAAUGCAGACACAGAUAUUGGUUCUUCAGGUAGUGUUGUUUUACGAAAACUUAAACUAAUUGCUAUUCACUCUAAAGGUAGCGAUGCUCUGCAAUACAAUAAAGGGACAUUGUGCAGUGAAAUAUUGAACCAUCUAAACCAUGGCGUUUAUACUAAUCCAAAAUCAUUAACUGAAUCAGCUGAUGGAAAAAGAAAAAAUGAAAUUUCUCUAAAUCAACAUAUCCCAAUAAGUCCCAAAAAGAUCCGUUCAGUAGAAGUUCAAGUAAUACGACCUACCGAAGAAAUGUUGGAAGAUUUAUCUAAAGAUGUAUGUACUUAUUGGAAACACUUAGGUAGAAAACUUAAAGUACCUAACUCUAAAAUUGAAUCGAUAAGUAAAGAUCAUCAUAGCUACGACGACAUCUCUGAAAAAGCUUUUGCUAUGCUAUUAGAAUGGAAAGAGUUGAAUCCUAAUGCCACAACGCAAAUUUUGUUUGAUGUUUUGAAAUCAUAUGGGAAAGAAGACACGGCAUUGAAGCAUUUUCCGCAAUAAAGUAUUUUGUUUUACGAAAUAAUGUUGCCUAACAAAUUUAACCUUCUGCUACAAUGCAAAACUUAAUGACAUGUACACACAUCCAAAGGUUGAAACGAAUUUAAUACCGUGUGAAGAGAUUUAUAAAAAUGAUUAGAUUGAAGUCUAUAAGAAAAUGAAUGAAGGAGAUUCAAAAAUAGAAAGAUUUGAGAUUUUAUUACAUAACACGGCGUUUUGUUACACAAAAUGGAGUUAAAAUAUGUCACUUUAUAAAUGAUGAUAUUGAAAUAAAUCUCAGGAUCACAGGUCGUAAAGAA